AGAACCUUUUUGUUUUUGGAAGGACUUGCAUGAGUUUGGCACAUCUUUAUUUGCUAAAGCUUUUAAAAGUAUUUUGCAAAUCCAAAGGAAAUAUAUGGUUUUGCUGGAAAAUGUGAGUUCAGUGGCUCCAAAGCAAGGGUCAUCAGGAUUAGGGACUCUGCGAGGCGUGAGUUGAGCAGCAGUUUGUGGAUUGGAGAUAAUUGCCUCAUUAACCUCUUCAUGUUCAGUUUUGUACUGGAGUAAUCAGGAUAGCGCAUCAGCUAGGAAGUUUUUCCUUUCCGAAUUUUACAACCAACAGCAAUGACUGCCAUAAACUACUUUUUUUCUACAAAUUACUGGACUUGAGUAGUACUUGCAAGAGUGGAUAUUUAAUUGCCAGAGAUGUUUGUGCUGCUCUGUAUAAUAGGUUUUGCUUUCUGUAUCAAUGGUCAACCUCUCCAAAGCCAGUUUAAAGGAGAAAACUACUCCACAAAAUAUGUUUGUAGUAUACCUGGGUUACCUGGCCCCCCAGGCCCUCCUGGAAACCAUGGCUCACCUGGACCACAUGGCCGGAUUGGAAUCCCAGGACGAGAUGGCCGAGAAGGCAAGAAGGGAGAAAAGGGUGAGAAAGGAAAUGCAGGUUUAAGAGGAAAGAUGGGUCCUGCAGGACAAACUGGAGACAAAGGAGACCAAGGGCAGCCUGGCAAAAGAGGGCCUACAGGAUUAGUAGGAAAUAAAGGUGACAUAGGACCUCUUGGUCCAGCAGGACCAAAUGGGGAGAAAGGUGAAAGAGGAAAAACAGGUCCACCGGGAAUUUGUAAAUGUGGACAAAUCAUACUGAGAUCAGCUUUCUCUGUUGGUAUUACUACAAGUUACCCAGAAGAAAGAUUGCCAAUCAUAUUUAACAAAGUUCUUUUUAAUGAAGGGGGACAUUAUAAUCCUUCAACAGGAAAAUUCAUUUGUGCCAUCCCAGGGAUUUAUUAUUUCUCCUAUGACAUUACACUGGCAAAUAAACAUCUUGCCAUUGGCCUAGUUCAUAAUGGAAAGUUCCGGAUAAAAACAUUUGAUGCUAACACAGGAAACCACGAUGUGGCAUCUGGGUCAACUGUUAUUUACCUUCAACCUGAGGAUGAGGUGUGGCUUGAAAUCUUCUACACUGACCAAAAUGGUCUCUUUUCUGAUCCCACAUGGGCAGACAGUUUGUUUUCAGGAUUUCUCUUAUAUGUAGAUACAGAUUACCUUGAUGCUCUGUCAGAUGAAGAUGACCUGUGAUGGAGAUGGCUACAUACAUCUAAAUGAACAAAAGGCAGUGGACAGAAUCUGCCCAUCUAUUUUUAUAAGCCAAUGCUUUUGUCUGGAAUUUUGUUUUUGUUGUCAAAGGUCCCAAAGUAAAAGACUUAUUUUCAAAUAAUAGAAA